GUAGGUAAGAAGAACGAACAAGAGCAGAAAUAUUUCGACGAUUUCUAUGAAGAGGUUUUUACGGAACUGGAAACGAAAUACGGUGAAAUAGACGAGAUGAAUGUGUGUGAGAAUAUUGGAGAGCAUAUGAUUGGAAACGUUUACGUGAAGUUUGUAAGGGAGGAGGACGCGGAGAAGGCGGUGAAGGAUUUAGAAAAUAGAUGGCAAGAUAAAGAAUAA